CGGGACCGGCGCUUCGGAGGCGGCCCCUGACCGCGUGUGGCAGUCACCACGUCGGGAGACCCAGUCCUCGACUCACGAGAUGAAGUCUCGCCAAGUUGCCCAGGCGGGUCUUGAACCCGCGGGCUCAGGCAAUCCACUCACCUCGGCCUCCCAAAGUACUGGGAUUACAGCGCAAGGACAAUGCUGAAAGAAAUAACAAGGCUCAUCUCCAGGGUCCAUAAGUUGGACCCUGGACGUUUUUUGCACACGGGGACCCAGGCACCCCAAAGUAUUGCUGCUCACCUAAAUGACCAGGUUCCUGUUGAGAGUCUCAGAGCUAUUUACCGCACCAAUGAGAGUGACCCAGCCAAGCAUGGGGAACAGCAUGAGGGUCAGCACUACAACAUCCCCAUUCAGGAUUUGAAGACUGUAUUUCCCCAUGGCCUUCCUCCUCAUUUUGUAAUGCAGGUGAAAACAUUACAUGAAGCUUGCCUGAUGGUAAGGAAACCAGCCCUAGAGCUUCUGCAUUACCUGAAAAACACCAAUUUUGCUCAUCCAGCUGUGCGAUAUCUUCUCUAUGGGGAGAAGGGAACGGGAAAAACCCUCAGUCUUUGCCAUGUUAUUCAUUUCUGUGCAAAACAGGACUGGCUGAUACUGCAUAUUCCAGAUGCUCAUCUUUGGGUAAAAAAUUGCCGGGAUCUUCUGCAGUCCACCUACAACAAACAGCGCUUCGAUCAACCUUUAGAGGCUACAACUUGGCUGAAGAAUUUCAAAACUGUGAAUGAACGCUUCCUCAACCAGAUAAAAGUUCAAGAGAAGUAUGUCUGGAGUAAGAGAGAAGGCACUGAGAAAGGCAGUCCUCUGGGAGAAGUGGUUGACCAGGGUAUAACGCGGGUGAGGAACGCCACAGAUGCAGUUGGGAUUGUGCUGAAAGAGCUAAAGAGGCAAAGUUCUUUGGGUAUUUUCCACCUCCUGGUGGCCGUGGAUGGAAUCAAUGCUCUCUGGGGAAAGACCACUCUGAAAAAAGAAGAUAAAAGCCUGAUUGCCCCAGAGGAACUGGCACUUAUUCACAACCUGAGGAAAAUGGUGAAAAAUGAUUGGCAUGGAGGUGCCAUUGUGUUGACUUUGAGCCAGACUGGGUCUCUCUUUAAGCCCCGGAGUGCCUAUCUGCCCCAGGAACUGCUGGGAAAGGAAGGAUUUGAUGCACUGGAUCCCUUUAUUCCCAUCCUGGUUUCCAACUACAACCCAAAGGAAUUUGAAAGUUGCAUGCAAUAUUACUUGGAGAACAGUUGGCUUCAACAUGAGAAAGCUCAUACCGAAGAAGGGAAAAAGGAGCUACUGUUCUUGAGCAACGCGAACCCCUGGCAGUUGGAGCGGAUCUGUGCCUACCUGUGAGCCUGGGUCACGACAUGCCUGGGAGACAAUGAACAUCUCCUUCAAGCUGGACCCAAGCAGGUGGGGAAGGCCCACAGUCCCCAGGAGGAGCAGCCAGGCGCCUCUACUUAGGGGACUGCUCGGGACUGCAGCUGGCUCCAGGCCCUCAUUGUUCCACUGUGAGCACGCGGCAAUAACAUAUGCCCUUGUUCCUGAAACUAAUGUCAGUUUAUUGGAUGUGGUUUUCCCAUUUAAGAUGAUCGUGGAUCUUUUCCUACAAAAUGAAAUUAAAUAUCUUUCUUAAAA